CUGUGAAUGAUUUAGGCUACAUUCCCUGACUCUUCUUGAACUCUGGAGUUGUCUUUCCUGGUAGCAUCUCCCUCUCCUUUCUGUCCUGGCUGCACAAAUGUGCUCAAUUAGGGUUAACUCAAACUGAAUCAAACUUCAUGCCUGAGGUUGGAAAUCUUCCCAGUCAACUCACCACAGCCACAUAGCAUGGUGGGAGACAAGGCGAGAGGGGAGAUGAACGCUUUUCAGAGAAACGAAUCCAAGGAAACUUUGUUCACUUUUAUUUCUGCAGGAGAUGAUCCCCCCAAAGGAGAUUUCCCUGUUCAGAAAAAAUCCCCGAAACUCUGUGGCUCCAAUUACCCCCUAAGCAUUGCCUUCAUCGUGGUGAAUGAGUUCUGCGAGCGCUUCUCCUACUAUGGCAUGAGAGCUGUCCUGACACUAUAUUUCUUAAGCUUCUUCCACUGGGAUGAGAAUCUCUCCACUGCGGUGUACCAUGCCUUUUCUGCGCUCUGUUAUUUCACACCUGUCAUUGGAGCCAUCAUGGCAGACUCAUGGCUGGGGAAAUACAAGACGAUCAUCUACCUCUCCAUUGUGUAUGUGGUUGGCCAUCUGAUAAAGUCAGUCGGUGCAAUUCCAUCCCUAGGCAACCAGGUGGUUCAUGUGAUCCUGUCUAUGGUUGGUCUGUUUUUGAUCGCCCUUGGAACGGGAGGUAUCAAGCCCUGUGUCUCUGCAUUUGGUGGGGACCAGUUUGAAGAGGAACAUACCUCGGAGAGAAACAAGUUUUUUUCCAUCUUCUAUUUAUCCAUUAAUGCUGGAAGUUUGAUCUCCACGUUUGUAACUCCUGUGUUAAGAGGAGAUGUGAAAUGUUUUGGAGAGGAUUGUUACGCACUGGCUUUUGGUGUCCCAGCAGCACUGAUGGUGUUGGCGCUUGUUGUGUUCAUUGCUGGAAGUGGACUGUACAGAAAAACGCCACCACAAGGGAAUGUCUUACUUGAAGUGUGCAAAUGCAUCGGUUUUGCUAUUAAAAACCGUCUGAAAAACCGCUCCCGUCAGAUUCCAAAGAGAGAUCACUGGCUGGACUGGGCAUCGGAAAAAUACUCGAAGCAGCUGAUUGGGGAGGUUAAAAUGGUGACACGUGUUCUCUUCCUCUUCAUACCGCUGCCAAUGUUCUGGGCCCUGUUUGAUCAGCAGGGAUCCAGGUGGACUUUGCAAGCCACAAAAAUGAAUGCUGAUUUUGGAAUAUAUGUCCUUCAGCCUGACCAAAUGCAGUUCUUAAAUCCACUUCUUAUUCUUGUCUUCAUCCCGGUUUUUGACCUUGGGCUCUACCCCCUGAUAAACAUGUGCAAAUUUAAUUUCACACCUAUUAGGAAAAUGGCAACAGGUAUGAUCCUUGCAGGGGUGGCGUUUGGACUUGCAGCCAUUGUAGAAAUCAAAAUAAAUGAAACUGAUAUGCCUCGACUUGUCCCAGAAGAGAGUUUAAUUCGGGUCCUGAAUUUGGCGAAGAACCCUGUUCAAGUAACAAUCCAAGACCGGGACCUAUUUCAGCAGCCUGUGGAGGCUUUUCAGAACCCAGCUGAGUACUCAAAAUUAAUAUUGAAUGGAGAACAACAGAGCCUUCACUUUACCCUGCAACAUCAAGGACUGUCUCUUGCUUUUAACUACACCGUGAAGGAAAAAUCAGUAUACAGCUUAAUUGUUUUUGAGGCAGAAGGAAGCCUAUCAAGCCGCUUAAUUACAGACUUGGAAGCAAAGCCAGAAAAUGGUUUGGCAGCUGUUAGAUUCAUUAAUGGUUUGAGUCAAGAUGUUAACCUCACCAUUGACAGCAAACGGUUCAUUGCUGUUCAGAAGAACUACAGUGCUUCUGAGUACUCACUGCUAGAGAGGGACAAGUACAAUAAUGGAAAAUGCAUAACUGAAACGGGAGAGUUCACCAUGGAGCUAGGGCUGCUCGACUUCGGCGCAUCAUACACCGUUGUGAUAACUAACGUUUCUGGAGGUGCUGUUAAGACAUGGAAGUCAGAAGACAUCAAAGCCAACAAUGUCCAUAUGGCUUGGCAGUUACCACAAUACUUAUUAAUAUCUGCUGGGGAGGUGAUGUUCUCCAUUACAGGUCUGGCCUUCUCCUAUUCUCAGUCUCCAGCCAGCAUGAAGUCGGUGCUGCAGGCAGGCUGGCUGCUCACAGUGGCUGUUGGGAAUACCCUUGUGCUCAUUGUUGCACAGGCCGCGCCAAUGGCACAGUGGGCUGAAUUUGUCUUGUUCACUGUUCUCCUCUUUGCUGUGUGCAUUAUUUUCUCCAUCAUGGGAUAUUUCUAUGUCAGCGUGGAUCCAGAGGACCUAGAAGAAAAGGAAGAGAAGAGAGAGACCACAAGCGGAGGAAACAUGAUUAGUCUCGUUACUCAGAAAACAAAGCUCUAACACAUCAUGGGUUGGGAUUUAUCUUUUUUUAACUCACUAGAUGGGAGGGUAAAAGAGUGGGGACAAUGUUUUUUGUUUUAUAGGAUUGCAGUCUGUAUUACUCAAAUGUGGCCACCCUCUAAAUGGGACCAAGUAGCCCUCUAUAAAAACAAUGGGGGUCCUGAAAUCAGGGCAAAACUCCCUGGGAAAGCUCCUCUGGUAUUAAAAGCCGUUAUAAGUAAAUACAGUGUAGUUUAAAACCUGCCCAUCUUUUUAACCAUGGAAUGCUUUCCUGUGAUUUUGUUUUAAACAUAUAUUUAGGGCAGCAGGGAGGAAGCGUGGAAGGAAUGCCAUAUGACAGCAAUAUUUGGAGAUGUUGGGAGAAAAGAAUGAAAACCCAGUAUCCGAAUUUGGGAAGAAUAAAUGUUACUGACAGACGAAUUUUUAAUGCAGUCAUCAAGGACUGGAAGUGUUACACACAGUCCCAAAGGAUUUCAUCAUGUAACACGCCUUAUGAGUAUUUCACACCAUUAUUGCAUGUUAUGAAUGGUCCUGAUUUAUGACUUUCGCCUCUAGGCUCAGAAGUAAUAACAGGGAAUUAAAUUCUGCAGGCUAAAAUAUUCCCAAAACACUACUGAAGAAGAUAUGCAUGCUACCAUCUCUCUGAUACCCAUUUUUUCCUGGAAGUUUUUGGCAACUGAUGGUGUUCUUUGAUUAGAUGUGAUUAGAGAAUUGGCUUAGGCUUUCUUACUUCAGAAAUCCAGGCACUUAUUUGCCAUCUUCCUAUAUAUUAAGCCUUUAUUGGGCAUUUCCUUUUACAGCACUUGCUACUGCAGGUUAGGAUAUGGCUGAUUUCUUAUCUCAUGCUUCAGUUAUUCCCCACUGGGAGACAUGUUGCAGCAGUUUCUAUAAAAUUCCAGGCAUCCUGCAGUGAGUUAAACAAGGAUGCACUUUAUCAUUUUUUCAGUCUACAAAGAGGAGAUCGUGGCAUAGGAGAUUUUCCAUUUUCCUCCCUGUUUUUGUGUCUCUCUAACAAACUUUGGAUAUAGCUAUUUUAUUCGAAUUGUGAUAUAAUUGUCUGAUUUUCUUCGCUUGCGUGAAGCUGUGAUUUCAUGUUCUGCAUAGAAGUAAUUCAACCAUUGCUGAUCUAGUAAAACUCCCGAGAGAGUCCCUGCCUUCCUCUGUCGCUCCAAGGCCACAGCUGUAACAGGUAUGGCCUAAUUUACAACAAGGCUGUCAAUUAGUUCUUCAGGUUCACAGAGAAUAGAUUUUAAAUGAUGCCCUCCUCUUCCAUCUUGGCAUUUGCCAUAGGUGGCCACUGAUGCUUUGAUUCAGGAGAUCAUGAAAUACAUGUUUAAUUUCAUUCUUGUUCAGGACAGUGAUAAGGAAUAUGCUUAGCUUGACAUCUCUGCUACUUUAAUGUGCCACCUUGUGUGUGUGUGUCUUCUUGAGUAAGGCUGAGAAACCCCCGCUUUUUGGUUUAUAACUGGAAGACUCACCGCCUCCAAUUGUUUCCUUCGCUUCCUGUCCUAAAUGGUCGUGAACUUCCACUGCUAGUUCUGCAUAAGCUCCUGCCUGCUGUGAAAUAGCAUCUGGGUCUUGUGCCAGGGGGGGACUGUGGUCUCAGAUAAGUGACAACGGGCUGCGGGUGUGCGCACAGAAAUGCUUAAAGUGAUUCAGUCAAUGCAGAGCCAUUAUUUAAGCUGUGGUGGCUGGAUCCAGGCGGCUGAACCCUGCAACGCAGCGGGGAAUGAAGGGCAUUGAAAGCCAUCCAUUAGGUCAUCCGACCUGCUCCUCAGAAGCCAAGUGAGGAUUAUUCCCUCUGCUCCUUUCUGGUAUUGUUCUCCUGCCGUGAUUCUUUGUGUGGGUUCUUUCUCCUCCCGUUAUUGUUGUUUUCCUAAUCCUGUUUUAUGAUACAUUGCGAAUCAGCUCAGAGGCUGCUGAAUCAUUCUGCUAUGAUGCUGUUUGACCAGCUUCCAAUUUGAAGCACUAAUAGAAAGCAUUUCAUCCUCCCCCCCCGCAAACAAAACAAAAAUCCCCAAACUGAAGGAGUGGACAGGCUCCAGUAACACUGAACAGACACAAUUUAGAAUUAUUGGAGCAUUUAAUUUUUUAUAAGCCUCGAAUUUGGAAAUAUGUUGGGGUUUGAGGGCAUAUGUGGUGAAGAGACAAUUGAAAACUAUUGGAGCACUUUCCUUGGGAAGCACUUGUACAUCACAGCUCAAAGUGGCAUGAGGGAAAGCAAGUUGUCCAGAGGACGUGAUCUUUAAGACUACAUAUGCUCAAGAACCUCUUGAUUUUUAUGUUUUAUUUCCUUACUGGCGGCACUACCAGAAGCUGUCACACACUCUGAGCUUAAUUUAAAGGAAUCGUUCCAAACUCAUAAAAGAUACAUUUAGGAUGUCAUCUGUAUCUGCUUUUUAGACUCCUGAUGCCAAAUUGCCCUUUUCCAAACAUCUCCAUGCUCCAAACCAUCACCAUAAUGCUGGAGGGAGAAAAAAUUGCAAUUCACAGUUGAGAAGGCAAUGAACAGGAAGGCAAUGCUAUAAAUAAAGUGCUAACAUGAGGCUGGGGGCUGCUCCUGCAGCCCCUCUGGGGAAUUGCUUGCCCGAGGGAGUGUAAGGCUCUGUUCACAUUUCUCUUCCAGCUGACACAGUCACUUCUUCCCACCUGCUCAUCAUCGCCCAUUGGAAGCUUUGUCCUCCUCUGAUCUGCGUGCUUGGUUGCCGGUAUGAUCCUUCCCACUGUUUCAGCUGCAGUCAUAAAGCUUUGCUAAUUGGACCCAUUUAUUUGAAAUGCACCAGCAGUUUGGAGGGAUUUCCACUGGGCAUGCUGACAACUAGCCAGGAGCAGGCUGGGGGCUGGUAAUGAAGAGCUGCCCCAGCUGUAGCUGGAGAAGGUGGCAAAAUAGCGCAUUCAGCAUAGCACUUCUCCAAUUUUAGAACCACGGCUCCAUCCUUGGAGCCCUUUCAUCACUUUCAAAUGGACUCAAGACUGGAUCAAAGAUUUAGGACCCAAAUCUGUGGAGCAUUGAGGUCUCUGGGUUUGUCUUCCAUAUGGUCAGCUCAGAGACGGGGACAUGCACAGCUCUUAACACCCAGUUUUAGAACAAUAUGCUUUAUUCUUCCUGAUUCUUUGAUUUAAGAUUAGAGAGGGAAGCCAAAAUAGUGGUAGUAUAUAUAAAGCUAUGUGAACCUCUAUAGAGAAAUAGCAACCUGCUGCCUGUCCAGCCUUGCCUGUCGCUGAAGGGAGCCUCAGCUGUUGGUGGAGUUUGCUCUGGAGCAGAUUAGGGAAAGCUCACACCAGCUGUUUUGGAGGCUGACCUACAGAAAUUAUCAUCUCCAGCUGAGGAUCAGUAAUGAGCUGGUGGGGAUCCGUGGCUAUGUUGCUGCACAAGUCUUCAUGGAGAUUGCAGGAGUUUGGCUUCACUGUGGAAGUAUGUGUAUUUAUAUGUUUUUCUAAAGGAUGCUUUCUGAUAAAGUUUUGGGGUUUUGUGCAGCAAAUUUCCCUUGAGUUGGACUGGCUGUUAUUCAACACAUUUUUGUCUCUUAGCAGGUUGUGAGUGUGGCCAGUGUUAUUUCCAGCUUUGCAUGAGAUAAGCAUAAAAAUAAGACUUCAAAUUCAGCAAAACAACUUGUUGGCUGUGGGUUCCUUAAAUUUACCUCAUCUUUCUGAGCCAGUCAAACACCUUUUGGUAGCAAGCUGCUCUGUGCGGGUCAAGAGGCUUGCAUCACUUUUUUCUUCCCUCUCCCUUUCCCCACAGCCCCACAAUUCCAGAAGAUGAGUUUUGGAGGAUUCCAGGAGAUGAGCCCUGGGAGGGCUGCAUGGGACUGGCUCAGGUGCAGCUGGUGUGUGCUGUCAGCGCUGGCUGGGAGGCAGGAGCCUGGCCAGGCACAGGAGCUUGUUCCUCUCUAUAGAGACCCAAAUGGAGCUGGGCAAGGUAGCCUGGGGCAGGGCUUGUUGAAAGAUGUGGUUUUCCUGAGCAGUGAUCUGGAUGUGAGUUUUAUUGUGAAAGUGAAAUGCGAGUGAGUGAAAGGAAAAGUUUUCACUGGCCUUGGCCUUGGGCUGAGGCACUGUGCAAAGAGGCUGGAGACUGAUGGGCAGGGAGGAUAGAAAGGGCUACUUGGUCAAGGUCUUCCCAGCUCCUCAAUGAACAGCUGAAAUUCCUCACAUGGAACUAAUUGGAGAGAAAAGAAGAUGGGAGAAGUGGAAAGCUCAAAUGGUUAAAUUGUGGACGACUUCAGGCUUUUCAGAAAAGCGGUCCCCUAACUGGUGGUGGAGGGCCACCGGGGGAAUUAGUUACCUGUGGCUUGAGAACUGGUUCAUUGUUCCAGAGUAUUGCAAAAACCAACAUACAGGCCUGCGUCGGUGGGUCUGCAGUGACUGGAGGAGGAAGUGGCUGUAUUCCUGGCAAUGGCCCCACCAUCCUUGGCAGCCACCACCUUGGCUUCCCCUUGGGACAGAAAAAAACAGCUGCAGGUGUAUUACGGAUGGGAGUAGCGCAGGAGGGAGUAGCAUCCAGUUAGGGAUGGUUAAUGGGCAAUUUUAGCCAGAGUCUCUCACAGAGGAAUAAUCUCCUCUUCUCUCUGUAUUGAAUUUCUUUGCCUAGCUACAAGAAACGCUCUCUAGCACCACCAGCUUAAACCUGGGAUUUCCGCUCCAUGGCAAAUACCACAGCUGCUGAAUUUUGGAUGGUACCAGACGCUGCAUUUCAUUAUCACUACAUUUGUUAUUGUGAUAUAAUUUUAAAACAGCAUUUAAGAGAUGUUUCUGGUCCCAGAUGUUGACAGAUCUGGUCAGGGUUUUGCAUGUUGAUAGCUGGAUUUAAGCUAGUAUUUCAUGUUAACGUGUGCGAUAAACCUGUCAUGUACCAGUAGAUAUUGCGAGACCUUUGGAUUUCCCCAGCACUUUAGUAGAAAAAAAACAUCAUCUCCAGUGAAGCUGGCUAAGAAUGAACUGUGGCGUUGCUUGCUUGUUGGAAUUGCCCGCAUGCUUUGUAAAGCAGGGACCCUCAUUCAUCUCUUGCAAAGUGCUUCCCAGAAAGACUAAAAUGGGGAUGCUAUUAAACAUUUUGCCUUGAGAAGGGCACAUGCUGCAUUACAGAAAUUGCAUGAAGGAGAAUAAUUGCUUUGCUUAAAAUCCCUCCCUCAUUGCCAUCUCAGGUGGUGAACAAGGAACGAAACAAGUUGUUUCUCAGUGAGCUUUGAAUCAAGGAGCUGCUGCAUCUUCUCAAGGUCUUUCCAUGCUAUGUUUUACCAGCAGAUCAACAUUAACCUGCCUUUCCUAUCUGUAGAUCAGAAGAUUGUCAGGAUGUGGAGCAGCCCACUGCGGGCUCCCACUGUCAGCUGAUCAACUCUGAUCUCUUCAUCUUUAAUGAAUAGUUUUUGCAGUUAUCCUGCAGAGCUCAGCCAGAAUUGGUCUAAAUUUAGGCCAAAACUAAGGACCUGAGAGACUUGUAAUCAACAAGAUAAAGAGAAACACACUCAAAAAACUGCUAAAACACUUGUUUAGUGCUUAACUAAAAUUUUAAUAUGCUUACAGAUAUGUAGCUACAGAUAUAUGCUAAACCAAAAUGUAGCAAUUCAGUCUGCGCAAUGAAGAGCUGCAGUUGGAAUCCAGCAGUGUGGCAACUGGCAGCCAAGCUGAAGACACAAAAAUCAAGCAGACAUCACUUUUUAGAUUCUUUUUUGUCAUUGCAUUUGUUGUUCAGUCUGCUUGGCCUGUCCUGUUCAAUCUACCCAUGUGUGUAAUGAAAAGAAGCUGAAUUGACUUGUGGAAGACAUGUACCCUUCCCAAGCUGCAGCUUGGUUUUCAUCUUGUUGCAGAUUCCAAAGUUGGCUCCAAACAACUCUACCAGUCAUCCCCCUCAUUCCCACAUGCUCACCUUCCCUCCCCAGAAGUCACUCGGAUUUCUCCCUGGUGCCUUUGCAAGUCCUCAGCAUCUUGUUUAUUCCUCCUCUCAUGCAGCCUCUCUGCUGCCAGCAACAGUGUUUCAUCUUAGGGGUUGUCUUGGUGCUGCCCACUUUCCUGCAGCCAGAAAAGCUUCUCACCCAUGAGACCAACACGUCUGGGCAGAAAUCAUGCAGAGCCAAAUAUCUGCUGGUAACAGGGCACCUGCCCUGGCUUGCUUUGGCUCUGGACCCUUGUCACAGCCUCAUAUGACCCUAUGCAUCAUCUGUAGGCAAAUCAGAAGGAUUGGAGUAACCCAGCAUCUCUGUGUGUCCCUCUGAUCUAUCCCAUGCCCAGUUCGCUGCCCGCAGUCGGCCUUUGUGUUGUGCCAUGUCAGGCUGCAGGGACCCCUGGACCGACACAGUGUUGUUAUCAUCCAUGGGGAGUCUGUUAGUGCUGAGAUCCUUGGUGGCCCCAGCCUCCUUUAGUUGGCCUUUGUUUAUAUAUUAUUUGUGGUCAGGCUGCUCGUUCCAGCCUCCCACUCGUGGAGCCUCACCCGCACCCCUCAGUCCGUUUGUGAGUCUUUCUCUUGGAGAGAAAUGGCAGAAAGCCACUCAGGUUGUGUUCAUCGCAGCACUAGUGUGUGGUCAGUGGGCUGCAUCAGUAGCCACAGAUCUCCCAUCAGGGUGGACGUGGUAGCCAGUGAAGUGGGGCCAGCUCCUCUGCCGCAGUCACCAGCACGGGGACUGUGGAUGUCAGUGGGGGCUGGCUUUGUGGCCUUUCUGGGCUUGACCGAGGUGUUUUGAAAGAUGGUGUCCAUGUUUUUCUGGGAGACCUGUGUUAUUACUGUGGUGCUGCCAGGUUCCGUCUUCUGAAUCUACCGGGCGAGGAGCAGCAGGCUGCGUGCUUGGGCAGAGCUGCCCCCCCCCCCGGCACAGGGACCUGUGCUGGUGCUGCUCGCCUGUGGCAGGGCACUUUCUGCUCCUUCUUCGUCUACUUGCCUAGCCCCAGUGACCAGGUCUCAGGGAAAUGGCACCUCCCAGACCUUGAUGUGUUAUGCACCCACCCACAAGGGAAGUUUCUUCAAGUGGAAGGGAAUUCUCUUGCUUUGAGCUUUUACUGCCCAAAUCUGCUUGGAGCUACUUGGAGCCUUUGUUUGGGCUCUUGCUAUGUGUAACCUAUGCAUCAAAACACUCCCCAUAUAGGCCUUCAUGCUGUCUUCACCAAAGACAGGAACCUCUCUAAAGGUGCUGUGCCAAUAUGGAUUUUUCCUGCCUGAGUUAGAGGUGAAACAGGCCAGCAUGAAUUCAGCAGGCGCCAGGAGCUGCUGCCUUUCAAAAAGGCGAGCUGCUGUCAAUCACGGCAGCUCCCCACGUGCGGGGCCAUGCAGCCCGGCUCCCACUGCGCCCUCAGCUCAGCAGAGGCCAGUGGAUGCUUGGAUGCCUCUCAGGAGGCUGCAGCUCCCAGCUCCCAGCACUGGCCAGCCCGUCUGUGUGCCAUUCAUGGUCUGUCAACACCGGCUUUGCUUCCUGACACUUUAUACAGCUCAAAAUCUGCAGAGCAAAGAGAAGAAAGUUCCCGCUUUCCAUAGAGUGUGUUUAAUUUGCUUUUCCCCCUUCCUUUCUCAUUCAUAGCCAGUGUCGUUAGCUGCCCUGUUAUUUCAGGGCUGGCCAAGGGAGCUGUGCAGUCUCCCCAUCUCAUCACUGCCUUGGAGUAAGGGAAGGUCGAGGCUCUCCCACUCUGCCCACCCACCAGCACCUUCCUGGAAGCUCUCCUCAAAUUCAGGUCCCCCACUCCUCCAAAGACCACAUCCCUCAUGAGACCAAGGAUUUGAUAUAUUUUUAACAAGACAGUCAUUUUGUGGGGAUUAGCCAGUCUGGGUAAUGUUUGCAUUUCACCCUUUGCUGUCUGCUGUCUGUAGCUUUACUUUUGGAGCUGUCACUGUUUUUCUUUCCCUUUUUCCCCCCAAAGGUUGUCCUGAGCACCUGCGCUCUCUGUAUAAAACAAAUAAAUGGCCUUGCCUGUUUGCAGGCAGAUGGUACAUCUGUCUUCUACUGAAAUUUUGAUAGUAUCAUGAAGAAUCUCUCUGAGCUAAUGAUGCCGGUAUAGUCCUUUACAUCCCUACUGGAGGACUCCUUUGGCCCGUCUUUGCACCAUCCUUUUGUACAUGGUGGUUAAAACCAAAGGGCUUGUGCUUCGUUCCUUACAGCCCGCAGCACUUCUCAAGCUUCCGUAAUUCAGGCUCCAAGUUCCCUCUUCUCUUUGAGCUGGAAACUAUUAAAAACCAUUGAGUGCUUCAGAAACAGCUGGUUUUGUCCAGUAAAGUUCUUUUUUUUGCAGUUUUUUACUGUGUUUGCAUCCAUCACUCACAGCUAUGGAGUGAAAAACUGCUCCAGUCUUCUCCUGUCAACCCUCACUUUUCUGAACAAGGUUGGACUUUUAGCUUUUCCGUAAAACUCUUAUCUUCGGUGCCUUUAGUCCUAAUGCUUUUCAUUGUUCAAGAUCCCUUGAAGCCAGGAAUUUGUGCUCCUUCCUUUGGGUUUUUGCUUCCAUCUGCUCAGCAUUUCUUAGCUGGUGUCACUGUUUUACACCUCCUGGGGCCCACUAACCUACUGGGCUGAAUUGGAGCAGGGAAGUCAUCCUGGUGGUUUUGAAAGAUGCACCUAGACUGAACCUGCUCAGCCCUGGAAGUUUUGAGCUUCUUUUCAGCUUGUAGUGGAAGAGCAGGCACUUUUCCGUUGAAAGGUGUGCUGUCAUGCCUACUGCAUCCUGCUCGGGCUGGGAGGGGAUGCUGCCAGGUCAGGGCAGCUCUGCCAUCCCCAGCGCUUUGCUCCUGGCUCUGCAUUUCCUGGCUUGGAUUCAUCUGCUCUGGCCCUCUCCUUGGUGGGUCUCUCACAGUAGCGGUACUCACUCCGAGGCAGACAUUGUCUCCAACAAUUUAUUUGACUUGUUACUUGUGGUGACAACCAUUUAUUUUGCCUCUUCAGUCUCCGCCGUUGUUCCAGGUUUCUGCUGUGGUUUCUCUUGAUUCAGACUGUCAAGCUCUUGCCAAUUUUGUCUUCCUUGUCAUGGCUUCCCAUUAUCAAUGCUGUGCUUGGAGUCCGAGUGCCCUUCACGCCACAGAUCUGCAAGCUAAGUAAACUUAGCAAAUCAUUAGGGCAGACUUUGACCGCUUCUGUCUCCAUCAAAGACUGGGAUUAAAUUAGGUCCCUUUGAUAAACUGAGCUGAUGGGCCAAUUUGGAUUGCACAUGAGGUAUUAUGAGCCUCACGGGGCUUAUGAUUAAAAGACAUAAGAGAAUGCAAUUAUGUAGGGAGCUACCAGGAGAUUGCUGUAACUCACUAGUCACUCGCUUCUUUAUCAGAACAAAAGAAAAGCUCAAUUCUGCGGGGUGUCAGGCAUCCCCUGGGAAGUGUCUGCGAGCCUCUAAUUGCUGGGGGAGGUGAGAGUCACGUUUGUCUCCUGCAGGUUUUGAUGUGUGUGAUAACACUGCAGGGGAAUGUGGGGGGGAAUGUCACUCCGAUCAUUUCUGUUCCCGAGGCCCUUGCUCCAGGAGUGGAGCCUUUCCCACAGGUGGCUUCUUUAUCUCUUUCUGGAGUUGCUUGGGUUUUAUGGGUGAAAAAUUUGCAUCUUCAGGGCUUGGUGCAGAGCCUAAGCUAACAGAGCUUUUCCUACUGGGUCAGGAAUUUGCAGCAAGAUAGAGCUCAGAUGAGUUUCAUUGCUGGACUCUAAUCAAAUCCUGACCUGCACAGGGAGCUCAGUGCAAUCUAGGCUGACUCUCUGCAUCAAAUCCUCCAGCCUGGGGCUGGAUCCUGACCCAGUAGGAAAAGCUCUGUUAGCUUAGGCUCUGCACCAAGCCCUGAAGAUGAGGAAUGUCUGACUGGACACAAACACAAUUUUGCCUGUUUUUUUUUUUCUCUCAGGUUACUGAGUCAGAGCUAGAUGGCAUAUCUAAUUGUAGUAGGGCUAUUCUUCUCUCUCUUUUUUCUUUUUUUUUUAAGGAACAUUCAUGCUGCAUUUUAAUUACAAUAUUUAGAAUACAUCCAAAUAGCUUGAGCUCAAAUUGAUCUUGUUUUUCAGCCAGGAAGCUUGUUUUUCAUCUAUUAUAAUAAUAAAUGUGCUAUUGAUAAUAGUUUAGGUGCAAUACAGCAAAGCUCUGUGUUAUGCAUCAGCUCUGGAUGGCCAAAAUUUUCUUAUUAUCCAUUAUUCAUAUGACAGUUUGCAAAUAUUUAACAAACAAAUUACCAGGUUUCCCUUGUUCCCCUCUUAGUUUGCAAUCUCAGUCUUUUUGACAGCUGAAUUCGGGAUUAAUGAUGAUCUUGUUUAAGACAAUUCUUUGCUAGCAGGUUUAUUCUCUAAACCUACAAGUGCAGUAGAACUAGCACUGGCACUUUGAAUUAAAUCUCAUCCUUGAAGCAAAUUUUUUAGCUUUAUUCCCUCCAAUUCUCCUAAGUAAGAAUCGGAUUUGCCUGGUAACGUGCUUAGGCCUGUUAUUAAUUUCUUAGUUUAUGUAGUCAUUUUAAAUAUAGAAGCUUAACAUGAAGGGCUGGCAAAACAAGCUGUUUUUCUCUCCCAGUCCUGAGCUUGCUGGGUCUGUUCAGUUUGUAAGUGCUUUAAGAGAUAUGUCCUGUCUGAGAACAAGCAUAGGAGCAAGGACACCGCCUUGAGCCUCCGUAGAAAAGGGAGAUCCAGAAGGACAUGCUGGAUUUGGUCCUCGGUAGAGCACUGGAGGCAGCACUGGAAAACAUUCAGUCCAGGUCCUGGGACUGGUAAAACACAUCCCUGACUCUGCAGCAGCAUCCCCUUCACCUGCUCCAGGUCUGAGCUCAGGGUAAAGGGUAUGGAAAGGGCUGAAGCGCCAGCGUCUGCCUGGGAAGGUUGUUGCUGGUAUAGAUGGCUGCAGGUGAGCAAGGAGGGCGCUUCACCCCAUCGGAAAACCUGAUGCAUCCCCCAGGGGGGUCUUCUCGGGGAAAACACAACCAGAAUAGAGACUCAAAGCAUGAAGCACCUCCGUCAGAGCACGUGCUGGGCACCGGGCCAUUUCCGCCCUGCGGUUUCUGACUGUGGGCUUUGCAUACACAAUACAGGAAUUCACCAGUGUGCGAGCCAGGCUUUGGAGAUGAGGAGUGAAUUUGUUCUCCAGUAAAAUCACCUUUUGUUAGCAGAAAAUCUGUGCAUUGGGUUCCCCAAGGAAAUAGUGUUUGAAAAUCACAGAUGAUUAAAAGAUAACACAUUUGAGGUUUGUUUGGGUUUUUAUUUUGUUUGGUUUUUGUGGAGUUUUUUUUGUUUGCUUGCUUUUUGGGUUUGGGAAGCUGGAUGCCGCACAUGAGUUUCUCCACAACUGACCAGGCCACGAAUUUUUUGUUUUAAUGCAAGAAAAUCUGUGACUUUCCUUAAUAGAGGAGCCCCCAGGAGUUCUGAAAUACCAAACAUCACACCAGCAAAAAUAUACUUAAGUUGGCAACUCCGAGUGUAUCAUAUCACAUCGGUCUUAAGCAAAAAUAAGCCAAAUCAAACAAAACUUGAUGGAACAGAAUAAAAGCAGCCAAACACC